UAUGUUUUUGUAUUUAUUGUUGAUUCCGGUCUUCCUGUACUCGAUAUUAGUAAAACAGUGACAAAAGUAAUACAAUUGAACAUUAUCACUUUUUAAUUAUAUCUUGGUGAAUUGUUAUCAAUUUUGUAAUUCAAAUGGAUGAAAAAUUGCGUGAGAAUCUGCAGUCGCAGCUGAGCGAGAUGGAAGUGCUCCAAUCGAUGUUUCCCAAUCCCGGAGAGAUCAAGUUCGAGGACAACGCGAUUCUGGCUACGAUGAGCAGGUUUCUCGAUUACGGCUCUCUGGAUUUACCUCCGUUCCUCGACUUCACCGUGAAUCUAACGAUGGACGAGCACAAGAUCGAGGUGUCUUUUAAUUUGUCCCACGAGUAUCCUCAAGCCGAGCCGGACAUAUUCAUACGAGCCAAUCAUCUGAGCAGGGAGCAGCACAGCAGGAUCAACGGGGACUGUACGAAGUUCGUUUGCGAAUUGGAAAGGGGCGAGGCGUGCGUCUAUUCGAUACUCGAUUGGCUGAGGGAGAACCACACCCACUAUGCAGAUGGUCCAAGCGAGAGCGCUCCGCCGAGGAGUCAGGAGGAGGAGAAGUUGACUCGAUUGUGGAUAUACUCGCAUCACAUCUACAACAAGACGAAACGAAGGGAGAUUGUGGGAUUGGCGAACGAAUUGGGUUUGACCGGAUUCUGUCUGCCCGGGAAGCCGGGCAUAGUUUGCGUCGAAGGUCUGGCAAGGGACUGCAACAGUUGGUGGCUGAUCAUCAAAUCGAUGACCUGGCAGAAGAUCUUGUGCAAAGCGCGGGAGGAUUGCGUCGAUCCGGAGACGUUCCGUAAGUUCGAGAACUUCGAGGAGAUCGCGUUCCAAACGCAGGGCAACAGAUGCAACCACAUGGACAUGGGGGAGCUGAACAGGUACUUGGAGGCGCACAACUUGCAGCACAUCUUCAAGGAGCUGUUCGGAAUCGACGGGAAGAGUUGACCUUAAAACUCACCGAUCGGGUUACUUUUGAUAGCGGCUCUCCUCGAUCUCGCAGCAUGGACCACAUCCGGAUGAGAUUCUUUAAUAACAGCAAUGUAAUU